GUUAAAGGCGAGUCCAGUAGCUUCUCGCUCAGUGUGUUCAUAGAGUGUCAGUGGAUUGAAGCACCGUAUUGGCUUUCAUUUGAUACGGAUUUUGCCGUUAAACAGCCACCACAUCUUCAUCCAAAUGGCUGAUCAGCUUACAGAGGAGCAAAUUGCCGAGUUCAAGGAGGCAUUCUCGCUCUUUGACAAAGAUGGAGAUGGCACCAUCACCACCAAAGAGCUGGGCACAGUUAUGCGCUCUCUGGGCCAGAACCCCACAGAGGCUGAACUGCAAGACAUGAUCAAUGAAGUGGAUGCUGAUGGUAAUGGAACGAUAGACUUCCCAGAGUUCCUGACCAUGAUGGCUAGGAAGAUGAAGGACACAGAUAGUGAGGAGGAGAUCAGAGAAGCAUUCCGUGUCUUUGACAAGGAUGGUAAUGGAUACAUCAGUGCUGCUGAGCUGCGCCAUGUGAUGACAAACCUCGGGGAGAAGCUUACUGAUGAGGAGGUGGACGAAAUGAUCAGAGAAGCAGACAUUGACGGAGACGGACAGGUCAACUAUGAAGAGUUCGUACAAAUGAUGACGGCGAAGUGAAGGCCUUGUACAGAUUUCGUAUAUAAAUAAUUUGCCUUUUUUUUCUUUGUGUAAUUUAUCUGUAAAAUCUUAAUAGCCCCCUUCGUCCCGCCCCCUCUGCUGUCCAAAGGAACUGCAUGUAAACUGCAUAGGCUCUUGUCCCCAUGUCCCUUUCUUUUGCUGUCAUGGUGUUUUGGAGUGACAGAAUGGUCAUACAACCAGAAGCCUGCGGAGGCCCCUGGGAGCCGGAGAACUUCGAAUCUUCCCGUCUUGUGUGCUCGGGGCCCCUCCACGCAUGGCGACAUUGGAAACCUGUCAGCUGGUUGUCACUUGGCAACACUGUUGGCAUGGAAACAAUGUAGAGGAGUUUAAACUCUGCAUGGACUACGGACAAAGUAUAUAUGGAAAUCUCAGCAUUGCACUACUGCAAAAAAAUGACACGGGUGUAUCUCCUAGGUACUCGUACAAACUCUUUUGUAUCUGCUGUUCUAUAUACCAGAAAACGACUAAUCUUACCAUGCUUUUUAAUGUUUUACUCACUACUUUUACUUUUCUUUCUUUUCUCUUUAUUUUUUUAAUGACCUCUGGUCAUGCCUCAAAUAAUCCAUUCCAAGUUGUAUAUUUUUGUUUUCCAAUAAAAUUUACAAUCUACCCGGA